AUGUCCACGCUCUACAGCCUCUUUGAGCGAGAGCUUCGCGAGCGCCCUGAUGCUCCAAUCAUCGGUAUUCCCUCGACGGUCGUCACUCCAGAUGAACCAACGAUCGGCACCGUUGAGGUCCGUUAUGACCUCUUCUCGUAUCGGCAGCUCUACACCUUGACGCUCUUUCUCGCCAAGAGAUAUGUCGAUGCAGGUGUCCUCUCAGGCUACUGCUGCGCCCUCGUCUCGCCAAACAACAGCCAGGCUGCCAUCGAGCAUCUCUUAAAGUCCAUGGACACUUCCGUUGCCUUUUACGACGCAAGUACCGCCGAAAAGGUCAGGCCGUCGAUCGAAAGGAGCCAUCCGAUGAUCGACUAUUCCACAUCGAAUUACUGGCACACCGUCGCGGCCGAGUACGAGGAAUGGUCCCUCGAUGAGCUCGAGCUCGCCUUUCGUGGUACCAAUCCCCGCACCCUUUCUGCGGUCGCUGCUGCAGAGGGUUUUGCAUACAAGUCGCAUUCAUCUGGGUCGACUGGCAUGCCCAAGGUGCUUGCCAUUCCCCACGCAUCCGCCGUGGCCAACAUGGACAAGUCAAUGGGUCUGGCAGCCAUGACGACGCUUCCCCUCUUCCACAACCAUGGUCACGAAGCCCUGUGGCGCGGCAUUGCAUCGGGUAAGCUCGUGUACGUCUACCCCAUGUCUCGUCUCCCACCUACGGCCCAGGCCAUCACGGCGGCGCUCUCUGCUGCCUCUGCCUCUUCAGCGGACGACGAUGCGCUCAAUGUACGCCAUCUCUACACGGUGUCUUUCACACUCCGCCUCUUUGUUCAGAGCGACAACAGCAAGGAUAUCGAUGCGCUCGCGCGACUCGAUCUUGUCACAUAUGGCGGCUCGCAGUGUCCCGAGGAAGUCGGACAGACACUCGUUGAUCGAGGUGUCCGCCUGGCGGGCCUGUAUGGCAUGACGGAAGUUGGAGGAAUCAUGUCAUCGUACCGCGACUUUGAGAACGACAAGCUGUGGCAGUAUUUGCGCCCCAUCGAAACGAGGCAGAAGUAUUUGCGGUGGGACGUCAUUGACCCCGAUGAGAACCUUUACGAGCUUGUGGUCCUUGCUGGCUGGCCAGGACUCGCCUACAGUAACGACCAUGACGGAUCCUAUUCCACAAGCGACGUCUUCCGAAGACGUAAGCUCCCAGGCGCAGAAAAAGAGGCGUACGUCUACAAGCAUGAAGGCAGGCUCGACGACACGCUCGUGCAUUCAUCGGGUGAGAAGACGAAUCCGGUUCCGAUCGAGGCGGCCCUCCGGAAUGAAGCAUCAGCCAACGGUGUGCCUAUCAUCGACACACUUGUUUUCGUCGGAGCGGGCAAGCAUCUGCCGGGCGCUAUCCUCAUCGUCCCAGCUUCGACACCGCAUGAAGGCGUUUUGGAAUAUCUGAAGAGUACGAUCGAGGCCGUCAACAAGACCUGUCCUUCGCAUUCGAGGCUCCUCAUGGAGCUCAUAGAGGUCGUCACAGAAGAAGAGGUUCAGCUUCCCACGACAGACAAGGGUACCUUGGCGCGCACAAAAGCCUACAAGGAUCCCAAGAUUUCACGCGUCAUUGAAGAUGUGUAUCGACGAUUCGAGGAAGGUGAUGUUUAUCCCGCGUCAAUGUCAAAGAUCGUCUCGAGAGAUGAUGCGUCCAGGUGCAUCAUCGAGGCGCUCGGCAGUGUCGUCAAUCUUGCGGAAUCUGCGCAGUCUAUCAGCGAUGAUACGGCAUUUGUCGACCUUGGCGUUGAUUCGCUCGGCGCCAGUAGGCUCCGUGCUCUUCUGCUCGGUAAGCUCGCUCCUCUCACUGGCAAAGGUGUCGGAAUGGAGCUUUCGGCCAAUGUUGUAUUCGAGGCUCAUACCGUGGGCGCCCUCACCGACACUUUGCUCGCCAAGGCGACUACUUCAGAGCGAUCUCACGAAGAAAGCAUUAGCCCCUCUGUGACCUCCAAGGAGCAAGCGGACAAGAAAGCAGUCAUCGAGGAACUCAUCAAGACGUACUCUGCUCAGAUCUCCACCUCCAAGAGUCAGGGCUCGACUGGCUUCCUGGGCACAAGCGUCCUGAGCAGCCUGCGCUCGCUUGGCGCGCAGAAAGUGUACGCGCUCGUCAGGGCUCUGGACGAUAGAGAUGCCAAGGUGAAGCUGAACGAGACACUACGAAGACGGAAGCUACCUCCCGUCAACGUCGACAAAGUGAUUCGGGAGGAUGAUUAUCUUGGGCUAACGCAGGUGGUCGUUCUGGCGGCCAGAUUCGAAAGGCCUGACUUUGGCCUGAAGAAGCAUGUCCUUGAUCAAAUGCGAAAGGAGAUCAACCAUGUCAUUCAUAUCGCCUGGCCUGUCAACUUCUUGUGGCCUAUCGAAGCUUUCAAACCGCAAUUCGACACUCUCAUCCACCUCAUUAACUUUGCCUCCUCUUGCGAUCGACGGCCUUCCUUGACCUUUGCCUCCUCCGUUUCGACGGUCCUCAACGCGCAGCCCGCGGAGGCGGCCGUGCCCGAGUGUUUGUCGCGGGACUCGAACGAUGCUCUCGAGAUGGGGUAUGCGAGGAGCAAGUGGGUCGCCGAGGCGCUAUUAGAUGCCGCGGCGAACACAGUCGAGGGCAUGGCGGUCAAUGUCAUCCGCAUUGGUCAGCUCUCUGCCCAUUCAAAGACUGGCAUUUGGAACGACGUCGAGGCGUGGCCGUUGCUGUUGAGGGGGUCGCAGGAGGUCGGCCUCUUGGCCGACGUUCCCCCGGUUCGCUGGCUUCCUGUCGACGAGGCUGCAAAAGCCUUGGUAAAGAUUGCAACAGCGCCAGCGCAAGGCGGAAGCAAGGGAACACGCUUCGUUCACCUCGUCCACCCGCACGUCACGCCUUGGGCAGUGGUUCAUCGUGGACUUCAAGAUGCCGGUCUUCAUCUUCCCCUCGCAAACCCUUACGUAUGGCUACAGAAGAUGCGGAAAGCAGCUACUAUGGCAUCUGCCAAGAGCAACCCGGCCCUCAAGUUGAUGCACGUCUGGGAACAGCGCUUCGGAAAGAUCUCACACGCUUACAGCGACAGCGGCAUUUCCCCAGCCGAAGUCGUGGAGGAGUCGUACGACGCUGAGAAUGCCAGAGAAUUUCACAGAGAAGCGUGGUGGGAGAACGAGGACGAUGCGACAGUCCUCCGAGGACCGCUUUCGGCAGCUUACAUCCAGAGAUGCGUCGAAGCUUGGAUCGACAGCGGCUUCUUGCGCUCGGAGUAG